AGACAAAUUAAUUAAUAAUAGAAAUGGAUUUUAAGCAUUCACAAUCGUCAACUGACGAUCCAGAGAAGAAUGCUAUCCAACAACUGAGAAGCCCCCCUAAUCAUUUUGGGUGUUUUACAGAACCGCGUCGAAUUGAGGAGCUCUUAAAAUCGCCACUGCAUUUCAAGGAAGUCGCAAACUGCCCAUCUAAAUCGUUGAAUGCUUUUGGCUCUAGAUGGAAAGGUAUUUGUAUGCAACCACGAUCUACAAAGGAGUUAAAACAGUCUCCGCUGCACCUUGUGCCGAAGCACGUGCUUCCAAGAUCUGCAUCAAAAUCGCAUCUGAAGGAAUGUGGCCGUCCAUCUGGACGUAAGCUAGAUUUUACCAAGGAAAUUUUGAAUCAAAUGGAGAGUCGUAUCGUAUCUUAUCUAAAGAGUUUAAAGGACUUUCAAACGAUCGUACAAUCAGGACUCCAAAAAGUGAGCCUAAACGACUAUAUGCGCAUUUUGAGUCAUUUGUUGACAUUCACAGGUAUUCGGCUAAAACCCCUCGACAGGGAUAAUCAAAUAGAGCAGUCGAUUCUGGCUAUGCGUCAGCUGAAAUAUCCUUAUAGAGUGAACAAAUCUUGGAUGUUGGUGCCCAGUUCAUCGUUCCAAAAUGUUCUGUUGCUAUUUGAUUUUCUCUUGGACUUUGCACCACAAACAGAUGAAUCUUUCGAUUUGCAAGUAGGGGGACUCAUAGCCUUUAAUAAAAAUGAGCUAUCUGAUCGAUCAGACGUGCGGCUGAAGCAGGAACUUGUGGAUAUAGAGAGUCAGCUAUUAGGACAAGCUCAAGAAAAUGAUUCUAUCAGCCAACAGUUGGACCACAAGUUGCAAUUUAAAGCCGAAAUACAAGCUGAGCUAAAUGGAGAACAAGAAAAGUUAAAUGCGUUGCUUCAGAAAAGUGCGAAACAUGAACUGAACAUGGGAAGACUAUGCCUUCAAAUAUGGCGGAGCGAGAAGCAGCGAAAAGAAUUAAAAAACCGAUUGAGCCAGGAGUUAAGCAGUCACCAAGCAUAUAGCCAUAUAUUGGAAGAAUCUAACAAUCGACGGCUACUUCAUUGCAUUAAAGCUCAAGAGCUAUCUGAGCGAACGUGCAAAGAGCUUAAAAAUAAAAUUGGAACUUUCAAUUUCCAUAUGCGCCAGUUAUAUAAUAUUUUUGGAAACCAUUUUAACUGGCUUGAAUUGCCUUCGGCGCCCACCUUACCUGAAAUUCGAAACCGUCAACUUCAACUUAAACAGCGACGUCAGCAAAUU